AUGUCCGACCCUGAACACCUUCCAGGCAAGGCGACUGAUGCCCAGGCGGGGCAAGCACCCGCCAGGAGCUCAUGCGCGAAACGACAGCUGCUGGCCGCCUUGACAACAACCGAUGUGACAAUCCGUCGGCUGGACCUACUACUUUCCGAGGCAAAUGGACAAGAGCGAGUACUAGCGACUAUCAACUAUGUCGCCUCAAUGCUCCACCACCUCACUGCAUCAGCGCCCUGGAUAGCAUUGCAAACAAGGCUGGGUAUCCUUGCGCGGCUAAAGGGUCGUGUACCCACCAAGAACGUCACUCCCGCAUCGUCAAAAUCGAAAUUCGCGGCCCUUUCCUCCCUCGCAUCGGAGACGAGAUACAAUUUGCGACUGUUCGGGCUGCUCCCUUUGUGGAUCUGGGGAGCUGACACCCUCAAAUCGCCGCCAGCCGACCCCAUUCUACACGCCCUAACCGUGCUGCAGGUCAUCUCAAACGUGAUCUACCAGCUUCUCGAGAACGUGGGCUAUCUUGCUUCCAAGGGGGUGGUCUCGAAGCGGUUCGUGGACAAAUAUGGCGGCGUUGCCAAAUGGGAAAUCUGGAGUACUCGUGGAUGGUUCGGGCACAUCUUCUUCCAGUUCUUUGUGCUCUGGCGCCAGAGUGUGCUGCGCAGACAACGGUUAGCCACACAACGAGCGGCUGCCGGCACGGUCGAGACUAAAGAGACCAAGGCCGAAGAUAGCGAGGCACUGCGUUUGGAGAUCCGGGCUUGGCGAAAGAGCAUGGUGAACAACGUCAUCUGGGCACCCUUGUGUCUGCACUGGUGUCUCGAGAAAGGCAUCGGUAUUCCUGAUAGCUUGACCGGGCUUAUCAGCUUCUGCGCCGGAGCUUGGAGUCUCCAUGACUGCUGGGCUGGAACCGCAAGUGUCAAGGCAUAG